AUGGCGUGGAGCUCACUCUCGCUGACUCGAGUGCUCGUGCUCGGGCUGCUCACACGCUGUGCCCUUGCGGAUUCUGACACCAAAGCGGACUCUCCGCAAGGAGGGUCGGCGGAUGGCCUGGCCUACGAACAAAUUGAAAAGGUCAACAUCUACACCGGCAAUGGCACUGCCCCCCAAUCACCCCCCGUCGAAGGCUGGUGGGAGUCCAAGAUCUGCUCCGGCGCCUUCUGCGUCUACACCAACCAACGCAUCGCCAACGGGCGCGGCCUGGUCGCCGUGACCAGGUUCGAAGAGUUCCAAAAGCUCGAGCGCAUCGAAGACCACCUCAACCGCGGUGAGAACAAAUACCUCGAAGACCCCAUCCCCUUGACCACCACCGAAGUCCCGCACAAAGGCCCCGGCCUGACCGCCACCAAAUCCAUCCGCCGCGGCAAGCCCCUCCUAGUUGCCUCCCCCAUCCUCAUCGUGCACAAAUCCCUCUUCGACCAAGUCCCCAAAAAAUCCGAACGCACCCGCCUCCUCGAAGCGGCCAUCUCCUACCUCCCCUCGCACACCCUCACCCUCUUCAACACGCAACGCACGCCCCGCCACCCCUCCGUCGAAGCCAUCCUGCACGCGCACCCCUUCGAGCUCGACCUGGGCUACGCCACCCACAAACAAACAGCCGACGACCACUCGCGGCACUUUGCCAACUACCCCGAAGCGGCGGCUUUCCAGCACGACUGCCGGCCCAACGUCGCCACGCACAUGGACGCGUCGUUCGCGCUGCGCGCCACGGUGGCCCGCCGCGUCCAGCCCGGCGAGGAGCUCACCCUGAGCUACAUCGAUCCCUUCCUGGCGCGGGACGAGCGGGCGGCCUGGGUAAAGCGGCAUCGGGGCGGGGAGAAGGGGGUGGAGGGCGGGUGUCCGUGCCAGGCGUGCAGUCCGCCGGGUGGGGUCAAGGGGGAGAAGGCGGUAGAGGGGGAGAAAAGGUUGAAGGAAAUUGUGGCGUUGAGGGCGGAGCUGAGGAAUCAUGAUAGUUCGAAGGUGGACUUUGGGGUCAUUGAGCGGUUUUUGAAGCUGUAUGAGGAGGAGCGGCUACAUGUGAGGUUGGCAGAGGCGUAUGAGCUGGCGGCGCUGAAUUUCAACUAUCUUGGGGAUGAUAAGCGGGCGAAGAAGUACGCGGAACUGGCGGUGCAGGCGGGGAUCGUGGAGGGGGGAGUGCAGUCAAAUGAUGUGGUUGCUAUGAGGGUCAUGGCGAAGGAUGUGAAGGGGCAUUACUCGUAUCGGUACACUCUUAAGAGGCGGGGGCAAUAG